ACGUUUCCGCCGCCAGUAAUCGCCUGCCAGAUCUGCUGUUUGGUGAUGUCAUCGAGCCAACUGAAUCGCCCAGCCGCCGCCUCGGCUGCGUGCAGCAGCUCGUGGCGGCGGCGGAAGAUCGCCGAUGCCGAUGCCGCCGCCGCCCGGGAUUGGGCGUCUCUCCACGAGGAUUUGGUCAGCCAGGUCGGGUGGCGAGUGCUCGCCGGCGACCUGCGGGACUACGUCCGCUUCCGCGCGGCGUGCCCCCACUGGCGCUCCAGCGCCGCCUCCCCGCGCGGCCGCGGCGUCGCCGACCCGCGCUUCCACCCGCGGCGGUGGAUGCUGUUCCCCGAAGGCCACGGCCUCCACCCGGGCCACGUCGACCUCGGCGGGCGCGUCCGCUUCUUCAACCUCUCGACCGGCGCCUUCGUCCGCGCCCGGCUCCCGCUCUUCAGUGACCACUGCGUCCUCGACUCCGUCGACGGCGUCCUCCUCCUCCAGCGGGACCGCGACACCGCCGUCCCGCUCCUCCACCCUUUCACCGGCGACGUCGCCGAGUUCCCGCCGCUGGAGACCCUCCUGCCGCAUGUGGAACCGUGGCUGCGGGGAAACAAGUGGGGUUAUCUCAGAGAUAUCCGCGCCGCCUGCAUCAGCGUGGGUGCAGAUGGAGUCGUCACGGUGAUGAUGUCCCUACCCGGCAUCAAGAACUUCUGCUUUGCUACCUCUGGGGAUCAGCAAUGGAGGAUCUCAAGCUGGUGGCGUGACACGUACUGGUGUGCUCCAUUGCCGUUCCAAGGAAAGCUCUACAUGUUGCAUCGUCCUGAAGGUAGCAGUGAUGAACCAGAGGUCUUACAGGUCGACCCACCCCAGCAGGAAGAUGUGACAUCGUUGCCGCCACCCAAGUUGAUUGCCAAGUGUCCAGCAAGAACAGAAUUUGCUCCCCCUUUGUAUGAUCUGGUGGAAUGCAACUCUGAGAUUUUGGUGCUCGCCUCAAGACUUGUCGAAGAUCAGGAGCAAGAUUCAGUUUACAGAGAUUCAGUUUACAGAUUGCAAUAUUCAGUUUACAGAUUAGCUGAUCUGAUGCAGGAAAGGACUAUCCCGCUGGGAUGCAUCGGUGGCAGCACCCUCUUCCUUUCUAGGACGAGGAGUUUGCAUGUCAGCGCUGAGGCGUCUCCUGCCAUUGUGGCUGACACCAUUGUUGUUUUCCAUCCAGGGAAAAAUUGUCUUGCUCAAUACCAUCUCAAUAGCGGCACAUUAUCGGCAGCAUCAGAUGGAUGUACACCAGGGAUUGCUUUUCUAAGUCCUUGCAGCAUCAUUUACCAUAUUUUCACCUGCUGCUUUCGUAAGCACUGGAACAAAGGACAGAUAAUCCACUAGGGGAACUGGAAGCAGUGGAGGGUGAAGAGAAAGUGGCGAAAGGGGGCGUAAAUGGCUCCUGUACCUUGUGGAUUGGUGGUGGUUCCUGCUUCUCCUCCUGCUACAGCUUUAUUUUUAUAAUAUGGGAUUUUUAAUUUUUUGCAUAAGUAUGUUUUUA